AUGGAGAGGAAGAGAUUCGACAGCUUGGAGUCAUGGUCAAUGAUUUUGGAUUCGGACAACUUGGAGAGUUGGGAAGCUUCCAAGGAAGACCAAGAAGAGUGGACAGCGGAUCUGUCGCAGCUGUUUAUUGGCAACAAGUUUGCGUCGGGGGCACACAGCAGGAUUUACAGAGGAAUUUAUAAGCAGAGGGCGGUGGCGGUGAAGAUGGUGAGGAUUCCGACGAACAAGGAGGAGACCAGAGCGUUGCUUGAGCAGCAGUUCAAGUCUGAAGUUGCCUUCCUCUCAAGGCUCUAUCACCCCAAUAUAGUGCAGGUAGGUAAGACUUGCAUCACCCAAGCGGAGAAGCAUGCUAAUCUUCCGAUUUGCUUUGAACUUGAAACCCCAUGUGGGUAA